UCUCUCAUAAUUAGCAUUUCUCUUGAAAAGUUAUAUCCUAUUCAAGGAACAUUCAAUUUCCUUCUAAGAUGACUUGGUAUUCCAUUAGAACUUCUGGGUCAACAAAUAAGUGGGGGAAGCACCAGAAUCAUGCAACUAUAUUGUCAAUGAGGCCUACAUUUACAGUGAUGUCAGUAUCAUGGUUUCUGAUGUACACAUGUAUGGGAUAUUUUAGGAUGUGGUGACUUAUGAUGAUGUGAAUGUGAACUUCACUCAAGAAGAGUGGGCUAUGCUGGAUCCUUUACAGAAGAGUCUCUACAAAGAUGUGAUGCUGGAGACCUAUAAGAACCUCACUGCUAUAGGCUGCAACUGGAAAGACCAUAAUAUUGAAGAACAUUUUCAAAGUUUCAGAAGACAUGGAAGGCAUGAAAAAAGUCAUACUGGAGUGAAACCCUCUGAAUAUUCUCACUGUGGUAAAGCCUUUGCAUGUCACAGUUAUCAUCAAAGGCAUGAAAGAAUUCAUACUGGAGAGAAACCCUCUGAAGAUAUUCAGUAUAGUGAAGACUUUGUACAUCACAGACAUCUCCAAAUACAUAAAAGAACACAUUCUAGAGAGAAACCCUACAAAUAUGACCAAUGUGAUAAAGCCUAUUCAAAACAUAGUCAUCUCGGAGGACAUAAAAGAACACACACUGGAGAGAAACCUUAUGAAUGUAAGCCAUGUGAUAAAGCCUUUGCAUACCAUUCUCAACUUCAAAAUUGUGAAAUAAUUCAUACUGGAGAGAAACUGUACAACUGUAAUGGAUGUGAUAAAGCCUAUUCACAACACAGUCAUCUCCAAAUACAUAAAAGCACACAUCCUGGAGAGAAACCCUAUGCAUGUAAGCAGUGUGGUAAAGCCUUUACAUACCAUUCUGAACUUCAACAUUAUGAAAGAUUUCAUACUGGAGAGAAACCCUACAAAUGUAAUCAAUGUGGUAAAGCCUUUGUACAACAGUGUAAUCUUCGAAUACACAAAAUAAUACAUACUGGAGAGAAACCCUACAAAUGCAAUAAGUGUGAUAAAGUCUAUUCAUGACACAGUACUCUCCAAAUACAUAAAAGCACACAUACUGGAGAGAAACCUUAUGAAUGUGAUCAAUGUGGUAAAGCCUUUGCACAACACAGUCAUCUCCAAAUGCAUAUAAUAAUACAUACUGGAGAGAAACCUUACAAAUGUAAUCAAUGUGGUAAAGCCCUAGCAUCUCAUAGUUAUCUCCAAGUACAUAAAAGAAUGCAUACUGGAGAGAAACCCUAUGGAUGUGAUCAGUGUGGUGAACACACACUGGAGAGAAAGCCUAUGGAUGUGAUCAGUGUGUUAAAGCCUUUGGAUAUCAUUGUCAUCUUCAAAUACAUAAAAGAACACACACUGGAGAGAAAGCCUAUGAAUGUAAUCAGUGUGGUAAAGCCUUUGCAUAUUCUGGUCGUCUUCAAAUAAAUAAAAGAAUACAUACUGGAGAAAAGCCCUAUGAAUGUAAUCAUGAUGGUAAAGCAUUUGCACAACACAGUAAUCUCCAAGUGCAUAAAAGAACACAUACUGGAGAGAAACCCUGUGAAUGUAAUCCGUGUGGUAAAGCCUUUGCAUAUCACAGUUAUCUCCAAGUACAUAAAAGAAUGCAUACUGGAGAGAAACCCUAUGGGUGUGAUCAAUGUGGUAAAGCCUUUGGAUAUCAUGGUCAUUUUCAAAUACGUCAAAGAACACAUACAGGAGAGAAAUCCUGUGGAUGUAGUCAGUGUGGUAAAGCAUUUGCAUGUCAGAACGAUCUUAAAAGACAUGAAAGAAUUCAUACUGGAGAGAAACCCUACAAAUGUAAUGAAUGUGGUAAAGCCUUUGCGUGUAACACUAGUCUCCGAAUACACAAAGCAACCCAUACUGGAGUGAAACCUUACGAAUAUAAGCAAUGUUGUAAAUCCUUCGGCUCUCACGGUCAACUUCAAAAACAUGAAAGAAUUCAUACUGGAGUGAAACCUUACAAAUGUGGUCAAUGUGGUAAAGCCUUUUCACAAUCAAGCCACCUCUAACUACACAAAAGAACACAUACUAAAGAGUAGCCCUGUGAAUGUAACCAAUGUGGUAAUAAAGCCUUUACUGUGAUCAUCAAAGGUGUGGUGGUUUAAAUAUACUUGGCCCAUAGCAAGUAUGGCCUUUCUGGAAUAGAUGUGGCCUUUGAGGAAGUAUGUCACUGGGGGGGGGGCGCUUUGAGAUCCUAUGCUUAAGCUCUACCCAGGGCAGAAGAGUCUUCUAGCUGCCUUCUGAUCAAGAUGGAGAACUCUCCUCCAGCACCAUGUCUGCUUGGACACUGUCAUUCUUCCCACCUUGAUAAUAGACUGAACCUCUGAAUCUGUAUACCAUCCUCAAUUAAAUGUCCUUUCUAAGA